AUGUCUGCGGAGCACUCACCACCACGAUCUGGAUCAGACUGUAGCGACAAAGAUCUCGAAAAAGGCGAUGACGUCGACUCGAGAAAUGCAUCCGUCACCGAGCCUGCCUUCACUUCCGCCGCCAAUGAAGCUCAGGAGCCAACUUCGCCCAAUUGCGAUGACUGGAAUGGUCCUGACGAUCCCGAGAAUCCCUUGCAGUGGCCACGCUGGAAGAAGACCUACCACACAUUCAUUCCAGCCGCUAUAGCUCUAGUCUGUACCCUAGCAUCGUCGAUAUACACUCCCGGAAGAGACAGUCUUAUGGCAGAAUUCGGCGUAUCUGCCGAGGUCUCCUUGUUCCCAUAUGUCUUCUACGUACUUGGACUGGCCAGUGGACCCAUGAUCGCCGCACCCAUGAGCGAGACAUAUGGUCGACGAGCAGUCUAUCUAACAGCCAUCCCGAUCUUCGCCCUUUUCACGCUGGGCAGCGGAUUCUGUAACAACAUCGCCGCGUUGACGAUAUGCCGCUUCUUCUCCGGCGUGUUUGGUAGUCCGGGUCUUUCUAUCGGAAGUGCAACCCUAGCCGACCUUUAUACGCCGGCAGAACGUGCCAUACCCAUGGCCAUCUACAUCACCACGCCAUUCCUGGGACCAGCCAUUGGCCCUUUGGUGGGUGGCUACGUUGCUGCUAGGAAAGACUGGCGUUGGACAAUGUGGGCCUUGCUGUUUUUCACGAUCGUCGGCUUAGUGCCUGCGUUUGGCAUGAAGGAGACUUACAAGUCCGCGAUAUUGAAGAAACGUGCCAAGAAGCUUGGUCUACCCACUAAGACGAGCGGCAGGACAGCUACACAGUCUGCGAUAUUCUUCUUAGGCUCAACUUUGACACGACCGAUGCAUAUGGCAUUCGUGGAGCCCGUGGUAGCGGCUUUCACGAUAUACAUAGCGCUGAACUUCGCCAUGCUUUACAGCUUCUUUGCAGCCUUCCCAGUAGUGUUUGCUGAAGCAUACGGCUUCGGGAUCGAGAGCACUGGUUUCACCUUCAUCGGCCUCGGCGUGGGCUGCAUAGUCGGCUGCGGGCUCGUCAUUCUUUUCUCGAAGCUGGUGUUCAAGCCACAAGUGGCCCGAUCGCACAAGGAAAGCAGAGGCGGUAAAGUGCCUCCAGAGCCUCGACUGUACCUUGCCAUGAUUGGUGGGCUGUGUUUGCCCCGCAUGAACAGCGCGAUCAGACAUCCACUGGAUCUCUCCUGUCAUCGCAGAAGGUCUCUUCGGCGCCGGCAAUCUCCUCGUCUUCAUGAGCGCGACAUGUACUUGAUGGACUUCUAUGGCCCACUUUACGGUGCAAGUGCGAUGGGAGCUAACAACAUUCCUCGGUAUUUGAUGGGUUUCGCUUUCCCGCUUUUCGCGGUACAGAUGUACGAGCGACUUGGCACUGGAUGGGCGACCAGUCUUCUCAGCUUUAUCAGCCUGGCGCUUGCCGCGAUACCGUUCCUGUUCUACAAGUUCGGGCCGAAGCUGAGAGCGGCGAGCAAGUACCAGCGGAGUUCGUGA